AUGCCAGCGUCUAGUAACCGGUUGAAUCCACCAAUAUCAAGUGUUCUAAGAUGUUUUAAACUCUCACCCAACUCUUUACCAAGAGGAUUAUUGAAAUGUGGUGAGAGAAUGAGUGAGCGUAGUCUUGAUGGUAGAGAUCCGGGUGCAGGUGAUAUAUUGAUGACGUGCAAGAGUGAUUCAGGCAAUACGCCAACAGAAAUCAUCGAGUUGUAG